GCUUGAUAAAGCGUCUCGUGCAUGGCGACAGGCAACAGCGACCCCCGUCUGUCAGCUACCCGGUUCCUGCCGCGCUGACCGAGGGUGAGUGAGCGUUCAGACAGAUGCAUCAAUCAAAUUCAUUCGCGGCGAGGGCGGUGAUGGAGAUGGCCAGGCAGCUAGACAUGGCACAUCGUGAUCUUGGACCCACGCCCCGUGGUGGUGGCCGCGGGCGACAUGCAGCAAAAAGAACAUGCGAACGGUCGGCGGAUCGUAGGCUGCAUGUGCUCGCAGAUGUUUGGCUGCCGGGUUGCAGACGAGGGCUGGCGACAGGGCGAAGGCGCGUUGGCGGGCGCCCGCGUCGUUGGUGCGAAACCAUGAGCGAAUCGUGCAGCCGCAGCUCCCAAGCAGCACAAAAGACGCAAGGUCCCCGGCGCUGCACAGCACGCAGCACGCAGCACGCAGCACACAGCACACAGCACACAGCCGUCUCCAGCACCGUCCGUGUCCCAGUGACCGCAACCACCGCGGGGCAGCUCUACCAGGCGCGAGUGGGCAGUCGGCUCGGCGCAUAUCUCGGAGCAGCCCGAGCCAUCGAAUCACGAGCAUCCGAUUUCCGUUUUCUCCCGCGGCGGCGCCGUCAGUUGCGCGCCAGACGUCGUGCCGUCUCCCCAGACUUUGCAGGCCAGGCGCCCGCCGACGAAAGACCGCACCUGGAGAGCGCCAGCUUAUAGCUGAUCGCUACCCCGCCAUCCUCCGCCCGCGGCUGCCAGACACACUCUUGCGACCGCGACCCCGCUGCGUUGACCCUACGUCACCCGGACGUGACAAGCAACCACCACGCUUCGGCUUCGGCUGCACGGCAGCGUGGAAAGGCCCCUCGAGCAGCUGCAUGAGGACUCGACAACCACGGCCAGCGGCCAGUCCACGGUAGCAUCAUCCU